ACAAACAAACACACAACAAUGGAGCAUAUCGAUGGAAUGGUGUUCUUCAUUCUCGGCAUGUGGAUGUUUUUAACUGCAAGACGAAGGAGUUUGUUUCAAAAGAGGCUGAUGGCAGCCAAACGAAACACAGCUAAAAAAUACAAGAGAGUUCGGGAACUCUUACAACAACACGCAGACGACGACAACACUUGGUUUGCUCGACGGCGCGCAAGGAGCUUCCACAUUUCGCAAAAAAGUCGCCGCAACAGACCAUCUGUUUGGACAUUUAACCGAGCUUCAGAGUGGUGGGAUGUGAUUGUUCCCGGUUUUACAGACACUCAGUGGCUGGAGAACUUUAGAAUGUCCGAAGAAACAUUUAUCCACUUAUGCAACAAACUGCGUCCAGCGAUGGAGAGACAGGACACAAACUUCCGCGUGUGUGUACCUCUAAAGAAAAGAGUAGCCAUCGCACUGUGGAAGCUUGCAACCGGCGCUGAGUACAGAAGUGUUGGACAUCUUUUUGGUGUAAGCAUAACAACUGUGUGUCGGUGUGUUCAGGAGUUCUGUGCAGCAGCAGAAACCCUGUUGGUACCAGAGCAAAUUCGUUAUCCAGAUCAGGAAAAGUUUAAAGAAAUGGCUGCCUACAUUGAGAACAGGUGGGGACUCCCACACUGUAUUGGUGCUAUUGAUGGAUCACACAUCCCCAUCAUAGCACCAGAGGAAUAUCACUGUGACUAUUUCAACCGUAAAGGCUGGCACUCCAUCAUCCUUCAAGGUGUUGUGGAUGGAAAGGGACUUUUCUGGAAUGUUUUCACAGGACUGCCUGGAAGCCUGCAUGAUGCUCGGGUUUUGAGACUGUCAACACUGGGAGUUGGCAAGCCGUGGAAACCACAUACCAGCUAA